CGUUAGGCCCGGACAGACAAGUGCCCGUUUUUGAAAAAAAUAAUAUUCACGCUUUGUCGAAUAUUGCGAAAAUACAAACUCAGAUAAAGCUUUUUCGUAUAGAUAGGUGUCGACAAUGAGUGCAAACAGAGAAUCUAACAGCACAACUACGGAUAAUAACGAUGCCAAGGGAGAAAAACGAGCACUGGAGAAUGAGGUCCAAUCUGCCAAUGAAUGGGAAAAAGCUGAUCUUGGAGAUGAGGAACGAAAGAAUAAAUUCUUAAGAUUAAUGGGUGGAGCAAAGAAAGAGCAUCAUGGGAAAUUUGUGAUUGGAGAAAACAAAACACACCAUGGAAAAACUGAGGAGGAGGUUGAGAAAACAAAGCAUGAUCUGGAAGAACAAUUUACUCAAAGCUUAGAGCACAAACUCAGUGGAGCAGCACGUAAACAUGUCGGCAUUGGCUUCAAUCCAGAAGCCGACACCCAUAAAGACAGUGAACCAAUCAAAGACAAAACAGAGGAAAAAACAGAGAAGUCUGAAGAGACUGAUAAAGACUCAGAAGUUGAAGUUAAGGAUAAUUUACAAGAGGAGAUUAAGAAAGAUGACAAUGCUGAACCUCCUAAGAAAAAAGCAAUGAUGAUGAAUUUUGUAAAAGCUAGCUCAGAUUCAUAAUACAAUGUUGAUGCUAGCUCAAAGUUAUUGUAGUAUAAUGUACUUUAUGCAGCUCUGAUGGUAUACAUUGCUUAUUGCACAGGUGGUUCUUUGGAAUUAUUUUGCAUAAUUAAGGUUCUGGGUUCUUGACAGGUGCCAUAUUGCCAAACAAAGUCAUAUCUCAUGAAAGUAAAUGCCUGAAUCAUGAAGAUAAAAAGAUAAGAAUUAAAUUGGUUGACAUGUUAUUCCAGUGUCAAAGAAAAGCGGAAGUCUAUUUCUUUUGAUUCACUUUUUUAUUGCACUUUGAAAGUUUUGAAAGUGCUAUAUACAGGGUGUCCAAAAAAAACAGGACCGUAAGAAAGUUGAAUAACUCGGUCAAUUUUGCAUAUUUUGCCUUGAAAUUUGAGAAUUAUUUAGUUCAUUCAAUGUGAAUUUUGUU